AGGAGGGAGGAGGUGACUCGCGAGCGGCUGCGCUUCAGACUCAGCGAGAGGAUCAUGGCGGAUGGCCCCAGGUGUAAGCGCAGAAAACAGGCGAACCCGAAGCGGAGCAGCGUGACAGACUUCAACAACGGCUUGGAGGCCAGUUCGGACUCUGACGACGAGGACAAGCUACACAUUGUGGAGGAGGACAGCCUGCAGGAGCCCGAGGUCGCCAACGCCGACGGGACCAAAGCGCAGGCCAGCCAUGACGCCGCCAAACCCGCCAAACCCGCCACAGUAUUACCCCACAACGGCCCCUUGAACGGAGUGAAGGAGGAGUAUGUGUCAGAAGAGGAAGAGGAGGCUGAGAAGGAUGCUCUCGUGGAUGAGAUCCUCCAGCAGGGAGACACGGCCGUCAUCUACCCCGAAGCACCGGAGGACGAGCAGAGCCCGGCGGAGACGGGCGGCGCCGACGAAAACGGCACCCCGGACUCCUUCUCCCAGCUGCACACCUGCCCCUACUGCUCCCGGGGCUACAAGCGCAACGCCUCGCUGAAGGAGCACAUCAAGUAUCGCCACGAGACCAGCGAGGACAACUACAGCUGCACGCACUGCAGCUACACCUUCACCUACCGCUCGCAGCUGGAGAGGCACAUGAGCCACCACCGGGGCACCCGGGAGCAGCGUCACGUCUCCCAGUCGACCGGCGGCUCAGGGGGAAUCGGUGGAAACCGCAAGUUCAAGUGCACCGAAUGCUGCAAGGCCUUCAAGUACAAGCAUCACCUGAAGGAGCACCUGCGCAUUCACAGCGGUGAGAAACCGUAUGAGUGCUCAAACUGCAAGAAGCGGUUCUCCCACUCGGGCUCCUACAGCUCCCACAUCAGCAGUAAGAAGUGCGUGGGGGCGGCGCCUCCCAACGGCGCGCCCCGAACGUCGAUCAAAUCCCCGCCGCCCGCCGCCCAGACCACGCCGGCUGCAAUCGCUCCGGCCCGCGUGAUCCUCAAGGAGAAGGCCGAGAGCAAACCCCUCCAGGAGCAGCUCCCCGUCACCCAGAUCAAAUCUGAGCCUGUGGAAUACGAGUGCAAGCCCGCGGCGGCUUCAGCCGGCGCCAACGGCGUCACGAACAACGGAGGAGGGGCGGCACAGCCGUCCGUGGUCCCGGCCGCCAGCCUCCCCCAGGGCGUGGCCAUGGUAGUGCCGACGGUCGGCCUCAUGUCGCCCAUCAGCAUCAACCUGAGCGACUUGCAGAAUGUGCUCAAGGUGGCGAUGGAUGGAAACGUGCUCAGGCAGGUGCUGGGCACGGCCAACGGCGUGGUGACGCAGGGGAAGCAGGGGUUCGUGGUCCAGCAGCCGCAGCAGCAGAUCAUCAGCCUGCCGGCCUUCGUGGACCACGACGGCACCACGAAGAUCAUCAUCAACUACAGCAUCAGCCCCGCGGCCGGCACCACCGCCACGACCCACACCGCCGGUUUCGUUGCCAAGACCAACCCGGCUCCUCUUCCCACGGUCACCACGGCCGCAGCCCCCACCCCCACCAAGACCGAUAAACCCUCGACACCAGGGGUGACCGACCUCUCUAUCGUAAAGGCGGAGCCGGAAUCGAUGGCCGUCACGGAGGCGGUCACGCGGACGCAAACGACUUCAAAAGUCACCGGCACCGGCACGUGUUUGCUGUGCGACGACUGCCCCGACAACCUGGAGGCGCUGCACCUCCUGCAGCACCGCAAGGCCGCCAACGGGGAGGCCGUGGACUCCGCCGCCCUGGACCCCUCGUUCGCCGCUCUGCUCAGCGAGGCGGGGGUGACGCUGGAGGAGCCGCCCGUGGACGACCUCCUCUCGCUCCUCAAGACCUACUUCGCCUCCGACGCCAACCCCGGCGAGCGGGAGCUGACGAAGAUCUCGGAGUCCGUCAGCAUUCACGUGGACGUGGUCAGGAAGUGGUUCGCGAAGAUGAACUCUGGGAAGGGUGCGGGCAGCUUCCGCAAAAAAGCCGCGGCGGAUUCAAAACACGCCGCCAAGUCCCGCUCGGAGGACGGCGCGAGUCGGAACGGGCCGGCAGAGGACGACGGCUCCCGGGAAACGCCUGACAAAGCCUCGUCGGGAUCUGGCAGCGCCUCCCCGUCGGACUCUUCACGGCUCAGCCUCAACGCCGGGGACCUCGUCAUCGUCAAGAGCGAGCCGGAGGACCCGGACUCGCUUGUCUCUCAGGCCGAGCCGCUCGACCUCUCCCUCCCGAAACACGCGGCAGCGGCGGCGUUGGAAACGGUCGCGCCUCCUCCCGCCAAGCAGCAGGAGCAGCCCCUGAACCUGACCUGCCUGAGGAAGGAGCAGCUGGAGGGUCGGACCGUCUACGUCACCGCGCCUCAGACCGGAACGCCUGUGAGCAUCGUCACCGCCGCGCAGCUGCCCACACUGGUGGCCAUCGGCGGGCAGGGCGCGGUGAGCUGUCUCAACGCCAUCAACGGCGCCGCGAAGCGCACCAUCCUCAUCCCCCAGCUCACGUACACCUACGCCACUGUGGCCGGCAGCGCCACCGGAGCAAAGACUGUCGUACUGAACGGCCACAAGCAGGACAAGAGGCGGGACUGCAGCUCCAGCGCCGUCUCGCCGGUGGACGAGCAGAGCGACUCUGAUUCGCCGGCGCUGAUGAAGAAGCGGCGGCUGGAAAACGGCGUCUACCCGUGUGACCUUUGCUCCAAAGUCUUCCAGAAGGGCAGCUCCCUGCUCAGGCACAAAUAUGAACACACAGGAAAACGCCCCCACGAGUGCAACGUCUGCAAGAAGGCCUUCAAGCACAAACACCACCUGAUCGAACACUCCCGGCUGCACUCCGGGGAGAAACCCUACCAGUGCGACAAGUGCGGGAAGCGGUUCUCCCACUCUGGCUCUUACUCCCAACACAUGAACCACCGCUACUCCUACUGCAAGAAGGACGGGCCGGGAUCCGGCUCGGGGCCGGAGCUCGGCGUUCGGUCGGAGCUCGGCAGCCCCGGAGCCGGACUGCAGUCGGACAGUCGGACCACGACCCCGCCCUCCCAACUGGACUCGGACGAGAGGGAGAGCGAGGACGAGGAGGCCAUGUGCAUGGACGACAUCCGGGUGGUGCAGGUGGACGACGAUGAGUGCGAGAUCUACGAGGGUAACUUUGAGGACGAGGAGGAUGAGGAGAUCGAGGAUGGCGAGGAGAUCGAGGGGGACGAGGAGAUUGAGGAGGAUGAGGAGAUCGAGGGGGACGAGGAGAUCGAGGGGGACGAGGAGAUUGAGGAGGACGAGGAGGGCGAGGAGAUCGCAGAAGGCGAGGAGAUUGUGGAGGACGAAGAGAUCGUGGAGGACGAGGAGAUCGAGGAGGGCGAGGAGAUCGAGGAGGGCGAGGAGAUCGCGGAGAACGAGGAGAUCGCGGAGAACGAGGAGAUCGCGGAGGACGAGGAGAUCGCGGAGGAAGAGGAGAUCGCGGAGAACGAGGAGAUCGCGGAGAACGAGGAGAUCGCGGAGGACGAGGAGAUCGCGGAGGACGAGGAGAUCGCGGAGAAAGAGGAGAUUGCGGAGAACAAGGAGAUCGCGGAGAACGAGGAGAUCGCGGAGAACGAGGAGAUCGCGGAGGACGAGGAGAUCGCGGAGAAAGAGGAGAUUGCGGAGAACAAGGAGAUCGCGGAGAACGAGGAGAUCGCGGAGAACGAGGAGAUUGCGGAGAACAAGGAGAUCGUGGAGAAAGGGGAGAACGAGGAGAACGAGGAGAUUGCGGAGAACGAGGAGAUCACAGAGGGCAAGGAGAACGAGGAGAACGCGGAGGAAGACGCGAUUGGAGAGGAAGAGGCGGAGGGGGAGAAGGUGGACGAGAAGGUCGCCUGUGACGUGGUGGAGGUGGAGGUGGGGGGCGAUCACAUGGGAGACGAAGAGAUGGGAGACGAAGAGAUGGGAGACGAAGAGAUGGGAGACGCGACCGAAGAAAAGAAGGAAGCGACAGACGACGCGGAGGAGACGCCAGACUGUGAAGCUAAUACGGACAAAAGCGCCAGGGAGGAGUCGGACAGCGGCGAACCCGCGGAGGAAGCGGCGGCAGCAGACGCCAAAUAAAGGACGGGAGAUCUCGUUCGGGGAUCGCUCGAACGCCUCGGGUAACGAAGUCGAGGUAACUAAGACAAAACCGCGGUGGAAAAAGAGGUCCGGAACGUCCCGGCGGUUGCCUGAUCUUAACGGUCCACUACUGUGUACAAAAACCCAGGUGUGCCUGAACUUGGAAAAAAAAAAA